AUGAGCCAGGCCGACACACGCACCGAAACCGACACGAUGGGCGCCGUCGAGGUGCCCGCCGACCGCUAUUGGGGCGCCCAGACGCAGCGCUCCAUUGGCAAUUUCCCGAUCGGCGACGAGCGGAUGCCGGUGCCGCUGAUCCGCGCGCUGGGGCUGAUCAAGAAGGCGGCGGCGGAGACCAAUGCGGCGCUCGGCGUGCUCGAUGCCGAUAUCGCCCGCGCCAUUGCCGAUGCGGCCACCGAAGUCGCCGACGGCACGCUGGACGAUCAUUUCCCGCUUGUCGUCUGGCAGACCGGCUCAGGCACGCAGACCAACAUGAACGCCAAUGAGGUGAUCGCCAACCGGGCCAUUGAGAUGCUCGAUGGAGAGAUAGGCGCAAAGAGCCCCGUCCAUCCCAACGAUCAUGUCAAUGCCAGCCAGUCUUCGAACGACACGUUUCCGACGGCGAUGCAUAUCGCCACAGCGCUGGAGACCCAUGACCGGCUGCUGCCGGCGCUCGACCGGAUGAUUGCGGCCCUCAACGAAAAGGCGCGAGAGUUCGACGAUAUCGUCAAGAUCGGCCGUACGCACACGCAGGACGCGACGCCGCUGACCCUGGGGCAGGAGUUUUCCGGCUAUGCGGCGGCACUGGACCUGUCGCGCACGCGCAUCGACCACGACCUUGUCAACGUCUAUGCGCUGGCCCAGGGCGGCACGGCGGUCGGCACCGGGCUGAACGCGCCGAAGGGUUUUGCGACCGGCUUUGCCGCGCGCAUUGCCGAGGCGACCGGCCUGCCCUUCAAGACCGCGCCCAACAAGUUUGCCGCGCUCGCCUCGCACGCCGCGCUGACCGAUUUCCACGGCAGCCUGAACGCGCUGGCUGCCGACCUGUUCAAGAUCGCCAACGACAUCCGCUUUCUGGGCUCGGGGCCGCGCUCGGGCUUGGGCGAACUGAUCCUGCCGGCCAACGAGCCCGGUUCUUCGAUCAUGCCCGGCAAGGUCAACCCGACCCAGGCCGAGGCGCUGUCCAUGGUGGCGACCCAGAUCAUGGGCAACCACACGACGAUCACCAUGGCCGCCGCGCAGGGCCAUUUCGAACUGAACGUCUUCAAGCCCGUCAUCGCGCUCAACGUGCUGCAGUCAAUCCGGCUCGCCGCAGACGCGAUGGCAUCGUUCACCGAGCGCUGCCUUGAAGGCAUCGAACCGGACCGGGCGCGCAUCGCAGAACUGGUCGAACGCUCGCUGAUGCUGGUGACGGCGCUCGCGCCCCAUGUCGGCUACGACACGGCGGCGGCGAUCGCCAAGGCAGCGCACGCCAACGGCACGACCCUGCGCGAGGAAGCGGUUGGCGGCGGCCAUGUUUCCGGCGAGGACUUCGACCGGAUCGUUCGACAUGAGAGGGCACAGACGGUGACCGGGCCGGCCAAGCGCGUGAUCGAGAACGUCGAAGACUAUCCGCGCCCGCCGGCGCUGGAGCGGGUCGACGACACCAUCCGGAUCGUCUUUGCCGGACAGACCGUCGCGGAGACAGACGAGGCUUACCGCGUGCUCGAGACGUUUCACGCGCCGACCUACUAUCUGCCGAUGGCCGCCUACGCAGAAGGUGUGCUGCAGCCCGGCGAGGGUUCGUCGCUGUGCGAAUGGAAGGGCCAAGCGAGCUAUUUCGACAUCGUGACGAACGGCCAGCGGGCCAGCCGCGCGGCGUGGUCCUAUCUGCGCCCGACACCGGAUUUCGCCCCGAUCAAGGGCUUUUUCGCCGUCUAUGCCGAACCGAUGGACGCCUGUUUCGUCGGCGGCGAACGCGUCACGCCGCAGCCCGGCAACUUCUACGGCGGCUGGGUGACAAGCCGGAUCACCGGAUCGGUCAAGGGCGCGCCGGGCACCACGCAUUGGUAG